AUGGCGCCGGACGAGAAAGAGAGCACGGCCGUUCUAUCACGCUUCAACCAGUCCCAACUCGAUGUUGCGUCUCGACCGAGCCCGCAUAAACGCAAAACGACGAGUGCCGAUGCUUCCGCACCCGCCGUCUCGGUGACGGUGGCCGAGCUGCCAUCUCCGCCGGUGUCGCCGCUGGGGAGGCCAGCGACUAUCGAAGCACCACCCCCCAAACCGGAACUCCCCGCGAGGGAAAUAGAACCAUGCACGACGUUCCCCUUAUUCCCUUUGCUUCCCGCCGAGCUGCGGCUCAAGAUCUGGGGGGUGGGUGCGACCACCACCGCACCGCGCAGGCACAUGUCGUUCCUCCCCCGGACGGUGGAGCUGCACACGCGGCGGGCGCACUACGCCGACAAGGACCCGCACGGCGGCACGCCCAAGUGGCAGUCGCAGUCGCGCAACCCGGCCGCGCUCUCCGUCAGCGCCGAGGCCCGCGCCGCCGCCCUCGAGCGCUACACCGUCGCCCUCCCGCUCUUCACCCUGCCCUCGCGCACCCAGACCUCCGAGCGGCCCGGCGACCUCCUCCAGCACAGCGACCGCGUGCUGUACCUGAACCUGGAGUACGACACCGUCGUGUUGCUAGGGGACCUGGCCUACACGCGCCUGACCGCCCUGCUCGCCUGGUUCCGCCGCAUGGACAAGCCCGCCCGCGGUCGCGGCGAUGCCGGAAAGGGCCUCCGGAGGCUGGGGAUCAGCGUGGCGCUCUGGACGCACGAGGGCGGCGCCGCGACGCUGAGCGCCUUCUCGCGCACCGUCCUGGCCGAGAUCGAGCGGUUCACCCUGUUUAUGUUCUCGGAGCGCCAGCCGCCGGAGGGGUGGGCGGGCGGACGUUGUGUGCUCGAGGAGGCCGCCGCCGAUACCGACUACUACCGGCGCUUCGUCAUCGGGAGGGGGAGGCAGUUCCGCAUGGGCGAUGGCUGGAUGGUCGUCGGGAAACAGCCGAUGAAGCUGGCCGAGAUUUGUUUCGCAGAAGGGUGGUGAUGGGUCGCCGUUUUCUUUGCUUGUAUUUGUUCUUGUCGGCGUUCCGCUCCCGUCGGUAGCAUAGCGUGAGUGCGUAUCCCCUGGAGCCUUUUGAGAAUUGUGUGUUAGCGUGCGAAUCAACCCGUCGAUAGUACCCACGACCGCCUAGCGUGACCCCGGGAGGUCGGUCUUCUCUGGAAGCUUCAAUGCAAAAGCGGACGUGUGCAACCAACAAACCGGGCCAGCCUCUAUAUUGCCCCGUGAUAUGGUACAGAGAUAUACAGUUCUAUGAUUACACCCCGGCCGUGCUCAUGCUCCCAACCUCCUUAGGAUCUUCUCCCGGACAACCUGCUGGGCGGUUUCGGCGCCGUGUUGUAAAGAAAUGGCACCGACGAUGGCGAAGAGGGACGUGUUGAGUACGGCGAUGAAACCUGAACCCUCGAGGUGUUCGGGCUAAUGCAGAGCAAACCAAAGUCAGUUCGGGACGUGUUCGGGCGGGCACACCACUCAGUUCG